AUGGCUUCGAGUCGCCUUUCAUCUACCUUCUGGCUUGGCUUGUUGAUCUUGGCCUCCGACGUUCUCGUCGCCGGUGCCUUUGAUAUCAGUUCAACGGACAACCUUGCUGUUUACUGGGGACAGAAUUCCUACGGUGCGACGGGGGGAAACACGGCAGAUUACCAGCAGCCGAUCUCGUACUACUGCCAGGACGACGUCAUCAAUGCGUUCCCAGUCGCGUUCCUGGACGUCUUCUUUGGUGAAGGCGGGGAGCCAUCCAUUGAUCUAGCCAACACCUGUAGCACUGCGAAUGACCCCGUCUUCAAUGGCACUCAGAUGCCUGACUGCACAUUCCUUGCCUCUGACAUAGAGACAUGUCAGAGCGCGGGUAAAAUCGUGACGAUCAGUCUGGGUGGUGCCACUGGUGCCGUGGGAUUCAGCAAUGCGAGCCAAGCCGAGGAUUUUGCAACGACGAUUUGGGACUUGUUCCUGGGAGGUUCUAGCAGCAUCAGACCUUUCGGGUCUGCUGUCUUGGAUGGAGUGGACCUGGAUAUUGAGGGUGGCUCCACGGAGUACUACUCGAACUUUGUCUCCUCACUUCGCUCCUUAAUGAACUCUGGAGAUAAAUCGUACUACAUCACUGCUGCACCUCAGUGCCCUUUCCCAGACGCAUAUAUCGGGAGUGUCAUCAACGCUGAGCCAUUCGAUGCGGUCUACGUCCAAUUCUAUAACAAUUACUGCCAGCUGACAGAGUACGACAACGCUAACGACUGGGACUUUUCCACAUGGGACAACUGGGCAAAGAACACUUCUCCCAACCCCGACGUGAAAGUGUACAUCGGCGCGCCCGCUGCACAAGCGGCUGCUAGUUCUGGCUACGUUGACGCCGCCACCCUGGGUGAGAUUGCUAUCCAGACGCGCCAGAAUUACUCGUCUUUCGGCGGUAUCAUGCUUUGGGACGCUUCCCAAGCGUAUGCGAACGAUCGCUACGACGCUCAGGUUAAGAGCUAUCUGACGGGAGCCGCCACCCCUGUUACGACCACCACUGCCCCAGCCACAACCGCAACUACGACCGCGACCACAACUUCGAGCGCACCGGCCACGACUACAACCGCUGCGACCUCUGGCAACUGCGCGGGUGUUGCUACUUGGGUAGCGAACGUCGCGUACGAGAGCGGAGAUCAGGUUGUAUAUAAUGGUAACCUCUGGACUGCAACCGAAUGGUCGUACGCGGAAACCCCUGGAGGAUCAGCGGGUGCAUGGACUGAUGACGGUGCCUGCACUGCCGUCGCGCUGGCCAAGGGCGAGUACAUCAAGGUUGCCUUCCAAAGCAAGGAGGCCCCCUUGAACGUUCCGCCCAAGGUGUCUGCCGUCCCCACCGCCUCGGCGGCCAGCGCCACCGCCCCUGCCCGGAGAAAUUCGCGUUUCUUCAAGUUCUGA